UUAACCGCCCCGCACGAUUCGCAAAGCAUCAACUCGGAGAAAGGGUGCGGGUGCCGUCACCCCGAUUCCCGGCGCCGGUCUUUUUUCUAGAGGGAGGAAGUAGGGGGGCGCGAGUCAUCCUGCGGCUCGAUGUCGACGGUGUCGAAGGGGCGGCCGGCGGCGGUGGCGGAGGAGUCGGAAGGGGACAUGGUGGAGAAGGACUACGUGUGUCUUUCGGAGGAGAGCUCCUCGUGCUACGUCGGCGGCAAGGGCGACGACGGCGGAGCCGAGGAUGAAGAGGAGGAGCUGGAGCUGGGACUGAGCCUGGGGGCCAAGAAGGCUACUGGCGGAGGCGGGAACCGGGGAGGGGCGCCGUGGCGGGACUACUGUAGGAUUCUCACCGCCGAGGACUUCCCGUCGCUGGUGUCGCGCGCUUCGCCGCUGUCUUCCUCCUCCUCCGUCUCCUCUUCGGCGACGCUGGUCGGCGGCGGUAGCGCCGGUGGCGCUGCGUCUCGGAGGGUUAUAGUAUCCGGUUUGCCGGAUGCCGCGGGGUCCGCCAAUCCACCACCCAGCACUCAGAUGGUGGUGGGAUGGCCACCUAUAAGAGCAUACAGGAUGAACAGCAUAGUUAACCAAUCCAAAGAUAAUGCAUCCUCAAAUGCUGCAGUAACGACAACCCCCAAGAAGACCAAUGAAAAGAGCAAAAACAUUACAAAAGAAGUAAUUGCUAAGGAACUUGAAAAGAAAGGGGGGCUUGCUGGGAAUUCUCUCUUUGUCAAGGUGAACAUGGAUGGGGAUGCCAUCGGGAGGAAGGUCGAUCUCAAUGCCCAUCGGUCCUAUGAAACACUUGCAGGAGCACUUGAGGCCAUGUUUCACAAACCAACAUCAGCACUUGGUGCUUCCAUAUUGGUAGGUGGCUCAGGGACCUCAAAGUUGCAUGAUGGCUCCUCUGAGUUCUUACUAACAUACGAGGACAAGGAUGGAGACUGGAUGUUGGUUGGAGAUGUUCCAUGGGGAAUGUUUUUGAGCACCGUCAAGAGACUUAGAAUCGUGAGGACCUCCGACACCAGUGGGGGGCUUGCACCAAGGCUUCGUUCCUCCAAGUCCAGUGGUGGACUAGGAAACGUUCCCUAGCAUCAAAACAAGGUUUUUAGUAGUUGAAGAUCGUUGGAGAAAGGUAUAAGAUAAGGAGUAUGGAGGAUUUUUUUUUUUUCUUUUGUGGUGGGUGAGCAGGUGGAGGGUGGGUUUCGGGGGCCUUGGGGGUUGCUCAACGCUACAACUGUCAUUUGUUUCAUUUUAUUAUUUAAUCCCCCUUUUUUUUGUUGUGUUUCUGGGUGGUGGUUGUGGUGGUGGAAAUCGUGAAGUUGAAUGUUCCGGUUCCCUUUUGUUGGGUGGCUUGCAUGAUUUGACAUCAUGUUUACGUUGUAGCGUAAUGUUACACACUUGGUUAAUACAUUAACUCUUUCUUUCAAUACUGUAGGUACUGUUUUUUCUGCUUUCCUCCUGCUCAGUUCGAGUUGUCAUUCUUAUUUGUUGUAAAUGUACAUUGGAAAUAUUUUCUUCUCUUGGUGCUC